UUGCGAGUGUAUCACACUGUAGGUUGAGCCUCACCCUUUUGAACCGUUAAGAUAAAGCCCAGAAGUUGGAAUUUCGUUAGUUUAUUAGAAUGAUUAUGAUGAAACUGGCCAUAGACAACCACAACUUAUUAAAAACUUCUAAUGAUGAUUAGAUGAAGCAAAAAUUAUGACCCUUUAUGACUAUUCCAACUAUAAAUGCAAAAUCAGCAAGCUAUGUCUGAGUCAUCAGAGCAACUGAUUUGGCCUUGACCAACAAAAAAAAAAAAAUUAGGAAACCAUGGGAGAAGAGGUGAGUAUGACAGAAACGGAAAUAACAGCCAUGAAACCACAUUUUGUGCUGGUUCAUGGUAUUAGUGGAGGAGCUUGGUGCUGGUACAAAAUAAGGUGUCUCAUGGAGAAUUCCGGCCACAAGGUUUCAUGCAUCGAUCUCAAAGGUGCUGGAAUUGAUCAGUCCGAUGUCAAUUCUGUUUUAUCUUUUAAUGAUUAUAACAAGCCUCUCAUGGACUUCAUGUCUGCCUUGCCUGAUACUGAAAAGGUAAUAUUGGUAGGUCACAGUGCUGGAGGGUUAAGUGUAACGCAAGCCACUCACAAAUUCGCCAACAAAAUCCGUCUGGCGGUGUAUGUAGCAGCCACCAUGCUAAAAUUGGGGUUCUUGACUGAUCAAGACGUCAAAGAUGGAGUACCUGAUUUAUCCCAAUUCGGUGAUGUGUACGAAUUAGGAUUUGGAUUGGGACCUGAGCAGCCUCCAACCAGUGCCAUUGUCAAAAAGGAAUUCCAGCGCAAAAUCAUCUAUCAAAUGAGCCCGCAAGAGGAUUCAACUCUAGCUACAAUGCUUUUAAGGCCAGGACCGAUGCUAGCAUUGCAGAGUGCUCAAUUCACAGAAGAGCCUGAAUUUGCGGAUAAUGUGCCCCGGAUAUACAUUAAAACAAGGCAUGAUAAUGUUGUAAAACCAGAUCAGCAGGACGCAAUGAUAAAGAGAUGGCCGCCAUCUCAAGUGCAUGUUUUGGACAGUGACCACAGCCCCUUUUUCUCUGCCCCAUUUUUACUCUUUGGCUUGCUGGUUCAAGUUGCAGCUUCAGCUGAAUAUAACUAGGGCAAAUCUAUAUCUUGGCUGCAUAAAUGCGAGCCUUAUAAUUAAUUAGCAUUCUUGUUUGCAACGAUGAAUAUGUUAUUAUUUUUCUGGAGUGUGAAAUCAAACACAGAACCUACAAAUCCUUAUAAAUAAAGAUCAUUA